AUUCUCAUCUAUCUGUAUCUGCUGGGACCGUCUGACCUGUAAGACGUGACUGGAUUAUUAUUAUUUUUCUCUUGUAGACGAGGCAGGGAACCAGAGAUACGCAUUUUGGAUUUGGCUAACAUUUGGAUUUUUAAUGCAAAACCUCUUCACAAAGUUUUUCUGUGCUGCAGCUGAACCUAAACGAUGCAGUCCAUCAGGGACCUAAAAUCCAACUUCAGUGGUCCUCCUACCACCUCCAUGGCUGCUGCAUCCGAAACCUACCACCAGGGCAACAUCAGGAUGACUCUGGAGGACCUUGAACUCUGGAGGACAUUCCAUGAAACAGGAACAGAGAUGAUCAUCACCAAGCCGGGCAGGAGGAUGUUUCCUCACUGUAAGCUCAGUCUGUCAGGUCUCAUCCCCUGUGCCAAGUACAUCUUACUGGUUGACAUGGUCCCAGAGGACAGUUUCAGGUAUAAGUGGAAUAAAGAGAAAUGGGAGGUGGCAGGCAAAGCGGAGCCUCAACCCCCCUGCAGGACCUACCUCCACCCGGACUCACCAGCCCUGGGGAGCCACUGGAUGAAGCAGAGCGUCUCUUUCCUCAAGCUCAAGCUCACCAACAACACGCUCGAUCAGCACGGGCACAUCAUCUUGCACUCCAUGCACCGCUACCACCCGCGCUUCCAUGUGGUCCAAGCAGAUGACCUGUUCAGCGUCCGCUGGAGUGUUUUCCAGACUUUCACCUUCCCGGAGAUGUCCUUCACCGCAGUCACUGCCUACCAGAACACCAAGAUCACAAGGCUGAAGAUCGAUCACAACCCGUUCGCCAAGGGUUUCAGGGAUGAAGGCACCAAAAAGAAAAGGCGAUCAAACAAAACCCAAGCAUGCACUGAGAAAAAAGCCAAGAUGUCAGAAAACCUGAGCCAGGAUUCCAGAGAGGACGGCUCACCAGGCCUCUGCGAGUCUCCGUGCCACAGUUAUGACCAAGAUGAAGUAGAGCUGAUCAAAGUGAAAGAUGAAGAUGCCGUAAAGGAAGAGCAUUACUCUCUGUGGGGUGCAGACACCCAGCAGGGGGGGAGGACCCACUCUCCUGCUGGUGUGGACACAAAAGACAUCUACAGCGCAGAACAACUUGUCCCGGCUCAGAGCUCCUACAGGGCUCACGAGUAUGGGAAGUCUCCGUCGCCCCCCACCAGCGUCGGCAGCAGUAAUAGUGGAUCAGAACGAAGCUGCUUCGGGUCCCGGGUUCCCGACAUUGCCACCAUCCCCGAUCAUGACUCCUCGAAGCCUCGUGCACACGAGGCAGCUGGUCCCUCCCACUGCGGCCCCCAGCAACACCUCCCGGGCCCCCAGGACUACGGCGGCGCGCUCAACAUGACAGUGGCCCAGGCCGGCAAGCCGGGCGUCCUCGGCCACCACAUUUACAGCCCCUACAGUGCCGAGCAGCCCCUGGUGGGCCAGUGGAGUGGACCCGGACCUGCUCAGUACCCCCCGCACCACCCUCUGACCGCCGACUACACCUCACAAGCCGUGCACCACGGCUAUCACCACGGCAAUGUGACCGAGUGGAGUCAGUACCCGCUGUUCCCAUAUUCCUGCUGGUGAARGAGGACUCUGGAGGUGAGAGUUUACCAAACCUGCUGCUGAAGAGCUCACAGUCCUGAGAAGAUGCAUGUACGCACGGGGCUGGGCGGGGCCCACGACUGUGAGAAAACACAAAACGGAGAGAGAAUUUCCUGCUCCAGCAGGAUUCAGAAAACUGAAACAGUGUUCUCGGUCAUGUUGACUCAUUGCCUUGUCGUCUAUUUAUUUUGUAUUUGUGUCUCGGUCUCCUGCAUAAAUAUUAUUUUUGUACAGAAAGUAAGAAUACGUGUGCAAACUUUAUGUGUACAAGUUGUAAUCUGACAUGGAAAUAAACUCCUGCUGUAAUGUAA